AUGAACCAGUGGUUGCCAGAGAAACAAGCCAGUUUCAGGAGAAUAGUGCGCGUAACUGGAACAUUCACCGAGUUCCUCAGUCAACUAGGCGACCAAAAUAGCCACGACUUCCUGAUACAGCGUGACAAUUAUUACAAUCAAUAUUUUGGUGGAGUGCCACCCACAUUGCCAGAGCAUAUUAUUGGAAACUACGAGGCAGAACUGGAACGGGAAGUCGAGUACGAGGCUAUAACCAGGCAACAGGACAGGAGCUAUUUUGCGCGCAUUGAAGGUGUUUACCGAGAGAUAGUAAGGGACCUGAACGAAGAGUUUGAGACGGGAAGUUUCGAUUACAACAGCCCCGCAACAAGUGUGGUUGCAAAACAACAAAAUACAUUUAAUCAGACACGGAAAGGUUCUGACACAACGGCCCAAAUUGGUGGUUAUCAACAAACCAACUGCAAUCAACACGAAUCUACUUACAACGCUCAAAAUUUUCCGCAGAAAUAUUAUUACAGUCUCCCUGAGAAAAACUACAUCAGCGUGCAGGAGACAAGCCAAAUUGCUGAUCCGGAAUGGGCUCAGUUUGUUCCCGAUGACAGUGUUUCGGUUUCAAACGCCAUUUCGUUGUCCGUACAUUUCUCCGACAACAAUUUUUUCGCUCCUGCAGCUCUUCCGUCGGGUGCAUCAUUUUCCAAUGAAGAAAAUCGAGAAACACAAAACUACGGAGGGGAAUCUCAUACCAACAACGAGGAAAGUGAUAACGACAAUGGUUCAAAUCACGACGGUGAUUCCGACGACGGUGAUCAAAACGAAUCAGAGAGCGCCAGUGAUUCUGAGUCCGAUGAUGCGGCAGAGAGCGCCAAUAGCUCUGACGACGCUAGUUCCGGCGGUGAUUCUGAUUCCGAUAGUGAUUCUGAUGACGAUGUAACAGAGAAUAUUUUCAACGGUCAAAAUAUUUCUCGAAAAAACGGAGACACUGGAAACGAGACAGAAGAAAACUGUUUAGUGACGCCAUCCUUUUUGGAUCUCUUACGUUACAAAUCAUCGACCAAACAAAAAACGCCAGAAGAAAUUCAAGAAGAAAAAGAGCUCGAAGAGUAUACGGCAUCUCUAAUAAAAGAAAGAAAAGAGAAGUAA